CCACUCCACGUGGUUGUUGUUGGAAGCGGCGGCGGCGGUGGUGAAGGGGAUGGCGGCCGAUGCAGGAGGAGCGGUAGGGGCUGGAGGGGCGACAGGCGGCCGGCAGGAGCAGACGGGGCCGGCAGGCCAACCGGGAGACGCGGCUCCCAAGCCCAAGGACCUCUACCGAGACACGUGGGUGCGCUUCCUGGGGUACGCCAAUGAGGUGGGCGAGUCGUUCCGCGCGCUGGUGCCCGUGUCCCUGGUGUGGGCCACGUACGGCGUCUCCAUGGCCUACGUGACGGCCGACGCCAUCGACAAGGGGAAGAAGGCGGCCCAGAGGCACCCGGAGGGUGGCAGGAAGGGCCCCGUGACGGUGGCCGUGGUGGACACCUUUGUGUGGCAGGCGCUUGCCUCGGUGGCCGUCCCCGGCUUCACCAUCAACCGGCUGUGCGCGGCGUCGCUCGCGGUGCUCAGCCGCACCACACGCUGGCCCGCGCCCACACGCAAGUGGGUCACCACGGCCAUCGGCCUCUCCGCCAUCCCCUUCAUCAUCACGCCCAUCGACAGGUCCGUGGACUACGUUCUGGACUCUACCGUCCGGAAGCUGUAUGGCGGAGGGGAGCACGGGGGAGAGGAGAAGUCGCAGCACAAGGACGACUAAGGGACAGCCUGGUGUGCAGUGCGGGGGUGGGG